UUUCCUUCACGGAUUGGGAGAUACAGGGUAUGGAUGGGCAGAAGCUUUUGCCGGUAUCAGAAGCUCACAUAUCAAAUAUAUCUGCCCGCACGCACCAGUUAUGCCUGUAACAUUGAAUAUGAAUAUGUCUAUGCCUUCCUGGUUUGAUAUUAUUGGGCUUUCACCAGACUCACAGGAGGAUGAACCUGGAAUUAAACAGGCAGCAGAAAAUGUCAAAGCUUUGAUAGAGGAAGAGAUGAAGAAUGGCAUUCCUUCUAACAGAAUUAUUUUGGGAGGAUUUUCUCAGGGAGGAGCGUUAUCUUUAUACGCCGCUCUCACCACACAGCAGAAGCUGGCAGGGGUCACAGCCCUCAGCUGCUGGCUGCCGCUGCGGGCCUCGUUUGCGCAGGGUCCCAUCAGUGGCGUUAAUAGAGAUAUUCCUAUUCUUCAGUGCCAUGGAGACUGUGACCCUUUAGUUCCCCUCAUGAUUGCUUCUCUUACUUCUGAAAAGCUAAAAACAUUAGUAAAUCCAGCGAAUGUAACCUUCAAAACCUACGAAGGCAUGAUGCACAGUUCAUGUCAGCAGGAGAUGAUGGAUAUCAAGCAGUUCAUUGAUAAACUCCUACCUCCGGUUGACUGACGUCAGUAAGAGGCCUUGUGUGGCGCACACACCAGCAUCAUUGUAGUCGUGUACCAGCCUCUCCCCGUGCCCACUCCCGAGACUCCUAAAGUUUGCGGUGUUAAAAUGAUUUGCAGAUCACACCCAUCAGACAGACUACAUAAUAGUAUCUCCUGGUGGGAAAUAAUGGUCUUUCAAGUUUCUACACACAAAUUUGUAUGAUUCAGAAUAUACUAGUAUUAAAAUAGGUGAAGCAGCCAACUUUUUCCCAAAUGUAAUUCACCAAAAUAAUAAAAUGUUGUAACCAGAUUUUUUGUUACGUCACUUGAAAAUUAUGAGUAUGCUUAAUGAAAAUUUGUUCAGGUAUAAAUGAGCAGUUAGGAUAUAAAUUAUUUAUGCAUCCUGGGACUUCAUCUACAGACUUAUUUCAAAAUUACUGUGUCACCGUGCACUCUCUGUAUUUUUAUAUAUGUAUUCGUUAUAUACUUAAUGACGGUAACCCAGAACGAGAAUGAGGUGUUUCUGCAUUAUUCCCAAGAACAGGGAUGAUGCUUCCAAGUGUCAGUAAAGAAUAGUAUUGCUCUCUUCAGUUCAUGGCCCUUUUAUUUUAGGGACCAGGCUUUACUUUCCCUGAUAUCAUUUCUAGUCAGUGUUUCUUUUUUUUCCUCUCUAGAAAUGUGUUUUUAUCCUUCAUAACAGACCAAAUAUUGGCUCUUUGCUGUAGACAUCUCCUGCCUGUAUGUGCUGUAAUUUAACAUUCUGGAUCACAGAUUUGAUAGUAUUUUAAAUGUAUUUACACUUCUAUAAAUAAACCUGACAUCACUUUAAACUUCGUACGCUCCUUCUUAAACUAUACCUUACUUAGUCCAAAGUUAGACCUCAGUCUAGAUAAUUGGAACAAUUCUGCGGUUGUAUUUUUCGGUAAUUAACUGAAAGAGUAAUUACAUCAUAUUCUGGUAUGUUCUGGAAUAUUUAAGACAUUUUAAAAACUGUAAUUUCUAAGAUGAUUCUCCUUGCAGCAUAGUUUAAUUUACUUGUUUUGUAUAUAUGUUUGAAACCAACUACUGUAGGAAAGGAACAAUCCAUUAGAAAAAUUUGCGUUAUUUUUAUCUGCCAGUGGACUUAUUUGAAAACUUCACAUUAGUCAGGUUUUUUUUUUUAGUUUGAUUUUACACAGUUGAAUUUUUCAGAUUAUUGGUAAAAAUUAUCUGAAAACAAAUGUGUUUGGGUGAUAACGAACGAUCACAACUCAAUACAUAUGGUGUAGUUACCACAGUUUAAUAUGUAGAAAAAUGUACACUCAAUAUUUCUGAACGGUUGUUAAUUUUUCUGCUGUAUUCCAACUGACUAAAACAAUGUUAGGAAUGCAUCUUUAUAAAUGGGUGCUAAUUGAUAAUGGAAAUAAUUUAGUAAUGGAUUGUACAGAAUGUUAAUAAUGAAGCCAUAUGUUUAUGUCUGGAUUUAAAAUUUUUAAACAAUCAUUUACUAGGUCAUUUUGCUUUACCUUGAAGAAUAUAAAUGGUUUCGGUUAUGUAAAUCAACAAGAUCUAAUUUAUGGCAAGAAAUAUUCUGUUGAAAUGUGCUGUUACAUGGGAAAAUGUAAAUCUUUUUCAUGGUUUCUACCAAUGUGAAAUAAAAUUUAAUUCUGACUUUU